AUGUCUUAAGUUUAGCAAUUUUGUCAAGAGCUUUCGAAUGUAGAUUUGAAAGAUCCUAAAGCUAAGGAAUUAUUAAUGGACAAAAUAAAACAGUAUGAUGAAAAUUUCGCUUAAACAAAUUUUUAUCCAACUCCCUCGCAAUUAUCACAAAAUUACAAGCGAGAUACUUCAAAGAUCUAACUUCCUUCAAAUGGGUCUGAAUUGGAAAAGCAAAUAAAAACAUAAUUUAUUGCAGAUGGAUCCAUCUUUGGGGAAUAUCAAUCUAUUUUAAGACAGGCUCGUGUUCCUGCUUAUGUGACCCCUCCUCCUCCUCCUCCAAAACCAGAAGAAUAAGCAGCAUAGAUCUUUUUAAGAUUGCCAUAUAAUUAUCUAGAUUAAAAUGCUAAUACAAAACACGAAUCCAAUAUCAUUUAGAAACCUUAAAACCAGCCACUCAGUUAAAUGUCUUACUUAUUAUCAACCAUUCAAAAUUAAAAUUAACAAAAUCAAUUGCAGUAACAAUAAAUUUAGAAUCCAGCAGCAAUAUAGGCAAGUGUUCUAAAUAAUCAAUAAUAAAUGGACUUGUAAAUGUAAAUGAAUCAAACCCCUCAUGGUUUGGAUAACGAUUUUAUCACCAACAUCAAAAAAACAGUGAAUGUAUUGGGAGGAAUAGAGGAUACCGUUUAAAUCAUGAAAUAGUCAUUAUAGGAUUACGAAUUGCAGCAUUCGAUUGAGAAAAAGAUUGAAAAGCAGCCAAUCUUCAAAAAUUCAACUUUGAUGAAUACGUAAAAGCCAAAUCAACAGUAAAUUACAUAAUAGCAGUACCAUCCCUUUGAAAGAUAUAUGGCAACAGAACCUUUAUUGGUAGUGUAAAAGUCACAAAAAUUAAGGGAAUAAAAACUAUAGUAAAAUAUCCAUAAAUGAAUAUAUAUAUGACAGUUUUGUUUGAUUAUUGUAAGUUUUCUUUUGAGCAUCAACAAUGGAUUAAAUAAUUAUA